AGGAGGAGGAGAAGAAGAAGACACCUCUGUUUUUAGCAUUAGCCUGUGGGAUCUUAACUGGACCCGUAAAGGUUGCCUUUUAAGAUUUCAGUGCUUGUGAAACGACCCCGAGUGUUUUUCUGUCACCGUUUAAACAGGGCAGCUAUCCUAUCUUACAUGCGACCUCUGGUCAUUCCCAGUCUAAGGAUCACCAGCUCCCUCUUAUGAUUCUCGUGACUGAACCAGGAGUCCUCUCUGUCCAUAUCAAUAUGAUGUCCUCUUAGCAGACAUGGUGGGAGAACAGUGGGACCUGAGGACACAGAAAGGCCAGAAGACACUGUUGAGAUUUUAGGAGUGAUGAGGAGAUUCUGAGGGCUCAUGUCUUCUUCACGUACUCUGAACCUGAGCCAAGAUAUGUUGAAGACAGCAAAGAUGGAGCUGCUGAGAUCUCUCGUCAGUGAGCGUUUGUCUGCAGCGGCUCAGGAGAUCUUCAGGAUCGUAGAGAAGACGAUGAUGGAGUAUGAGGAAGAAAUGUCCUGCUCAAAGUGGGAGGUGGAUAGUCAACGCAGACUGAUGGAUGUCACAAAGUCACGCAGUGAAGAUUCCCUCCACAUGUGUUCCACAGAUGUGAAGCUGCAGGUGGGUCUGCAGCAGCAGCCUGCCAGUUUGGAUAUCAGUGUGUCUAUAGAUCCAAGAAUCUCCACAGAGCCAACAGAAGACCUUCCUAACAUGAACGACAUUCAAGCAGACUCCUCUCCUGACAGUGAACGUGAUCAUCAAAGUGAUCAGGAGCUCCUGCUCAGAGAUAAUGACAUUAUGUAUAAAAGUGACCCGGACACGCCCCCAAAUAUUCACAAAGUGAAGAAAGAAUUUCAAUGUCCUGUUUGCCUCUGCAGUUUUUCCUCCAAAAAGAUGAUGAUGAGACACCUCAGGGAGCAUUCAGAGGACAAAUCUUCAUACCAGUGCCAGUUCUACUCCCAACGCUUCCUCCAUGAGUCUGAAUUCGUCACCCACACAAGGACACACCACAGUGACGAUCCUGAGAGGUACCAAGACCAGAGGGACAGUCAGCUUAUAGACAAACAGGCUCAAACAGAAGAGGAAACAUUUCAGCGCGUCAGUGAACCUGACAUUAAAAUGUGUCCUCUAAAUGUUCCUCCUUUUGAUAAAAGUGAGUUUGAUCAGGAGUCUCUGCAGCCGCUGUGUCUUUACCAAAUCCAGACUGUUGCUGACAUCGACAACGACUCCACAGCUACUGAUCCCGUCAGUCACAUCAAAACUGAACCAAAUGAAGCUGAUUGUGGAGUAUCAGGCUGCACCACGGAUAGUUCUCUUCUCUUCUCAUCUAAUCCAGGUGAACAAAGAGAGACAGAGUCCAAUCAUUACAAACCAAAUAAAGCCCUGCAGAUCAGACCGUCAGGAAAACCCUCUGAGCUCCGCCUUCAGUUUGAAACUGGAACAGCAGAGAAACCGUACAAGUGUCCAUGUUGCCCCAAAUGUUUCUCCCUGACUAAAACGUUAUUAAGACACCUGAAGGUCCACGCACAGGACAGACUGUAUCCAUGCCACAUCUGUGGGCGGACCUUCUGUCAGAAGUCAGACCUGGUCAAUCACACCAGAGUUCACACGGGAGAGAGACCCUUUCAGUGUCCAGAGUGCCACAAAUCCUUCACACAGAAAGGGAACCUGUUAGUUCACAUGAGGAAACACUCAGAGUCAGCGCCCAGGGUGUAGCUGUAUAUUUGAUUACAAGUUAUUGUCAGAAUCUGACAUGCAAAGACUCUCAAUUUGAAACAUUUCAGCAUUGUCUCAAACUCCAGCUCCUGAGUUUGAACAUCGAUUUGAAUGAAACAGUUACCAAUUGACAAAAAACUCUGAACACAAGUUUCGCUAACAUGAUCCUCCCAGCUGCUGUCCAGUAAUGUUUAACAGCUGAUAUUUAGGUUUUAAUCGUAAUGACUUUAAGCACUUCAUGUUCUAUAUCUUUAAAAAAUAGCUUAGAUUGAAGUUCAGCUACUUGUAUGAACUAAAAAAGAGAGCCCUUUUCUUGUACUAUUCUUGAAUGUGGCACAUGCAUAUUCUUCCGCCUGCAGUGCACUCAUUAGCUGUUCAAAAAUGUACAAAUCAACUUUAAUUGUGCACAUAAUCGUACUGUCAAUUUAUAACUUAGUUUGCCAAAUUUGAAGCAACAAAUUCUGAACAUGAUGCUGCUGACACAGUCGUGUGUAGAGUGAAUUAUCUCAGCUCAGUCUUCCCCUUCAGCAGCUAACACACUGUGUUUUGAUAAGGUAAACAUGUAAUGCGGACCAUGGGUUGUGUUAUUAUGCAAUAAGAAACAGUGAGAGCUAGAAACUUACUCUGAAGACACACUUCCAUUCAGCAUUCCUGGUUUUCUGAUUUAACUUCUGAAAAUUGAAGAAAGCGUGUAAAACAUAGGUGUUCAGUGAGGCAGGGAACUCUGGAUGAAUGUACAGUAAUGUGAGCCGCUGGUAUCCUCUGGUUCAGAAAGGUUCUGAAGUACUGGCGAUACCAAGUCCCACUCCUAAUAGCAGGUGCUCUCUGGGUUCAUGGGCUCACAGUUUACACACCUGCACCACCAGGUAACUUUGGAUCUCUCCUGCUUAGCUCAAAAGGUUCUCCCCUCUCUCCUUAAGUCUGUUGCGUCGCCUCUGUAAACUCUGGUUCAUAAUGGUAUCCUCUUGAGUCCACAGUAAACGUCAAGUCAUCAUCUCUGUCAGAAUUACUCAGUUUUUAAUUUAGUUAUAUUUUCGUCACUUUUGAAGCAUGCAGACCUGAAUAGCUGAUCAGUGCACUGCAGGCAGAGGAACACAAAUGUUUUGUGUUUGGGGAAUAGUGCUAAAGUUAAAAGGGCAUUCUGACAUCGAAUUAAAGUGCUGAAACAUUUCAAGUAGAGAACAUUUACACUAACAUUAGUGUUUGGGUUGAAGUUCUCUGGUUUUGUUCUGUCAUUUUGUGUUUUAAAAACACUAAAUACCCGGUUGGAGUAUUUUAUUCAACUCAAUAAAAAAGCUACCUUAGUUUCAUAUCAGCCCCAUAAUUUGAAUUAAACUUGUCAUUGUUUCUUAUUGUGGAUGGUUUCACUUGUUACAUUCAGUCCACAGAACUCCACAGCACAGUUCUCGAUGUCGGGUCACUAUCUUCUAUUCUCUGUUUAUUUAUUUAUGAGAAGGUGAAAACAUUUUGUAUUAGUUUGAUAGUUUUGUUGUGCAAAGCUGUGAGGAAUGUGUGUUUCUACAUUAAAUGUGAAUUCAUCCUCCGUCUCAA